AUGCUUUCCCUGGCAGUGCUCGGAGCUCGCACAGCGUCCGAGAUAACCAGUCCGUGCAUGCUGAGGGGGCAGGAGACCGGCGAGCUGGACCCUGGGGAAGUCACCCUGAGCGAAGGAGCUUUGCUUCAGGCUGUUCUAGAAGGGGAGUUGGCUUGUAUGGCUGAGCACGACGUCCUAUGGUCUGGAAUAGCUGUCGCUUUGGUGCCUCUGCCCCCACACAGGAGUGCGGGUCCCCACCGCGAUGACCUCCUGGCAGGGAGCACAGGCAGGCUGUCAAAGAGCAAGGUGGUGGAGAACAUCAAGGCGGCUCUGCAGGAGUUCUAUGGGGAAGACGUGAAGUCAUCUUCGAUUUACGAAAGGAUCGUCAACAAGCGUCACUUCCAGAGGAUCCUGGGCCUGUUGGAAGGGCAGAAGAUUGCUCACGGGGGAGAAGCCGAUGAGGCCUCCUGCUUCAUAGCACCGACUAUCCUCACUGACGUUUCUCCGGAGUCAAAGGUGAUGGAGGAGGAAAUCUUUGGACCGGUCCUUCCCAUUCUGACCAUGAAGAGCGUAGAUGAAGCCAUCGAGUUCAUCAACCGUCGGGAGAAGCCCCUUGCCCUGUAUGUCUUCUCCAACAACAAGAAGUUGAUCAGACAGGUGAUAUGAGAGACCUCCAGCAGUGGCGUGACAGGCAACGAUGUCUUCAUGCAUCUGGUUCCAGAUCUACCCUUCGGCGGUGUGGGUAACAGCGGGAUGGGCGCCUACCAUGACAAGCACAGCUUUGAGAUCUUCUCCCACCGCCGUACCUGCUUGAUCAAGGACCUGAAGAUGGAGGUUGUGGACAAACUCCGGUACCCACCUGGCAGCCAGAAGAAGGUGGACUGGGCCAAGUUCUUCCCCUUGAAGCGAUUUAACAAGGGCCGAGUGGGACUGGUCAUCUUGGCCCUGCAGGGGAUUGUGGCAGCGGUGGUGGCAAAGGCAGCCAAUGCACUGAAGAGGUAGAAGCAAAUGAAAUGUACCUAAAGCAGAGAAGUCCCAAGCUGGAGGCUCUAGCUCCUGCUGAAGCACAGGAAUUGAUUCAGACCUACACCAUCGGUCAUGCCUCAGCAGUGAGUGGCGGCAGAUGGAAGGAGGCAGCAUCUGCCCUGCUUCGCAAACGGGAGCGCAUCUAAAAGCUCUUGGGAAUGGGGGAAUCAUUUGUCACAAGGGCAUCAAAACAAAGCCAGCUGUCACUGACCUUGUUAUCUACAUAACACCUCGCGUGAUCCCCAUAGAAAGCUGUCUCAUACCAGCAAUAAGCCUAACAAAAUGUGGGUCUUACGGAUGGGGACAGUCCAGGCUGGUUGUCCCCAGCAGCCUGCCCAGAGCAGAGCGAAAGAGCCUCUAGGAACCUGCAGCAUCCCAUCCUUGAAAGGACUCACGACCGAACGGAUGAUGUCUCAUUGCAGGGGAAACCACCUUUAGCCAUCCAAGGUGUGCAAAGGCUACCUGAGGGGACAGCAAAGGCUUUCUGAGCUGUGGCCACACUCUGCCCCGAGGACUCGAGGAGUGCCGGGGACCAUCACACCGCCGGUGCACUGCGUGUGGGGCUGCGUGCCAACAGGGGCAUUGCUGCGACCAGAGUCCCAGGUCUGGGCAAGUCCUUGGCCAGAGUGGCUGAGCAGCCAGCCCUCUCAUCUGUAACUGAACUCCCAUUUUUUUAUUGGUUUACUGGUAGUCUUUUACCUUCAGACUUGUAACUGGAAGCUGACCUUGCGCCUUGCUGAAU